AUGGAUCUUUUAUCACAAUAUCGUGACCCAUUAUCAACAAGAAUUUUAAGUAUGCUUGAAACUGUUGCAUCUAUCCAUAUGAAUGAUUUGUUAUUUAAAGACGCAGUGUACUGUGCAAUCGGGCUUGGUGCGCACGAAUUGUAUGAUGUGCUUGAUUUUGAUUCAUGGCUUGUAAAUAAUUUGUUAAUUGAAGCAGCAAAUGACGUUCCUAGUUUUAAAAUAAUUCGUCGUCGUAUAGCGUGGUUGAUUGGGCGAUGGGUAUGUGUUAAAUUAUCUAAAGAAAAUCGACCAAAAGUAUAUGAUGUGAUGACGUAUUUAAUGAGACCUGAAGAAGAUUUAGUUGUUAGAAUGACUGCAGCUAUUAAUUUAAAAGAAUAUAUCCUUACUUUUGAAAUUGCUCCAUUUGCCGAAAAGAUUACCAAUUUACUUCCACCCAUGUGGCAAGCUGCUCAUAAUGAACAUUUGUUCAAACCUGCUAUUCUUGUAAUUUUGACAAAACUAGUUGAAGCUUUAUCAGACCAAUCUUCCAAGCUUCAUGAAUUUAUAAUUCCGAUAAUUCAAUACAGUGUCGACCCUAAUACUGAAGAACAUGUUUAUCUUUUAGAAGAUGCAUUAGAUCUUUGGUUGGCAACAUUACAAAAUGUCACGGAGUGCACACAAUCUUUGUUUAGUCUUGUUCCAUUAACAAUCACAUUAUUGGAAUUUGGAUCUGAAACAUUAAAGAAAGUUCUUAGAAUAAUUGAAAGUUAUAUUGUUUUAGUACCUGAUUUAUCAAUUCAGACAUAUGCACAUCCAAUAUUAGAUGCUUUUGCUAGGAUGUUGGGCGAUUUAAAACCUGAGGCCUGUCGCUCUAUUAUUCAUGUAUUAGAUACAAUCUUGCAAUGUUGUUCAAUACAGGUUUUAGGUGAAUCAAUAAUUGGUUCGGGUCUAUUAUGGAAAUUAUUAAAUACUAUGCUUUCUGGAAACGAAGAGUAUCCUUAUGUUAUGGUCAGUUAUAUUUCAAUCCUUGCAAGAAUGGUGAUUAAUAACCUUGAAACAUUUUUUCAAUUUAUCAAUGUAGCUGCACAACAAUAUAAUUUGAUUCAAUCAGAUAUAUUAAGUAAAUUAUUAGAAAUUUGGUUGGAUAAGUUUGAUAAUAUUGGACAUCCAAAACAAAGAAAGUUGAAUGCAAUGGCAUUUGCUGCAUUAAUUGCAACGGAUAACCCAGCGAUAUUAAAAUGUUUACAACAAUUUAUUGGUGUGUGGUGUGAUGUACUAAGUGAAGUUAAAGAGUCUGGCGGUGGAGAUGCAUUGGUCUAUUGGCAAGAAGAUUCAGGUGAAGAUGAAGAAUUUACUAUACCUGAAGCAAAAAGGAAAAGAAUAUUAUUACAAAAUGAUCCAAUACAUACAACAAAUCUUAUACAAUUUAUACAUUUGAAAUUAAAGGAAUGUGAAACUAUUAAUGGUGGAGCAGAAAUGUUUAGAAUAAAUUAUCUAAGUAAAGUAGAUGAUGCAUUAUUGGAUCAAUUAAAUA